AUGUCACUGGCUGAGCUGACCCAGCACUCGUUCCAGGGUGGAAUUUCGGCCUCCAAGUGGCUUGGACUAUGUAAACUUUUGCUGUCGAAAUCUUCGACCUUUCAAAGUCCAGAUGAAGUAGCAACCAGCUUGAGCAACUCUGUCCUUGUGCUCUAUCGCUCGUACCCCGGUGAUCCAGGGCUCCAGGAAUACAUCAGAGCAGCGAUCCAGGAUAAUCUCCUUCCGGUGCCUAUCUUCGUCUCGACUCUUCUUCAAGCUGCACGUUCCUCGGAGCUGCACAUCCCGGCAACACUCGACACCCUCGUCCGCCUUGCGCUCGAAGCACACUACGCUACCGGACGGCCACCUCUAGGAUCCAUCGUGUCCGUACACGAUCCUCCAACGACGACCCUCCGGACCAUAGAGGAUGGCUUCGCCCUGCUGCGAACGGCAUAUUCUCUGCCUAUAUCCCAUUUCCACCAGCUCACGGAAUCGGUUGCAGAGCUGCUCGUCAUGCUCCUUUCGUGUGUGCCCGAUAUAAGCUCGGUGCCUACCUCACGAGCGUUGGCUGCAUUCGGCGAGGUCAACGAGACGCUCGCGGCGUGCCAAGUCCCGCCAGAAGUGCGUCAGGUCCUCGACUCGUUCGCAGUCACCCUGCAGCUCCUCAUCGGCGACGAUGCAAAGCUGGCGAAGGAGGCCCAGAUGAUGCAUACCAUGCAGUUCUCGCUCGGCAAGGGCGACAUGCUGGGUGCAAGCUCAGAGACCGAUGUCAUCACCCUGGGGAUGUUACUCAAUCAUCUGGUUACGUACAGGGCGCAUGAGUGGGGCGCGGGCGAGCUCAAGAACGCGGUGGCGCUGCUGGUUGCGGGCUUCCGCUGGUCUAAUUGGACGCCAUCCGUAUUCUACACACAGCUCCUGCUAUCCGCCUUCACAUGUCUUGCCCAAAGUGACAACGCGAAGUUAUGGAAGGCGUUCAUUGUCGGUCGGCUUCCUCCUCUCCUAGCCUCUUUUGCGGACGCCAUUAAUGCAGACAAUUCUUCAAAAUCUGACCUGCGGGGCGGACUUCAUGCAGGCCUGACAGCCGUCUUUCACCGUCCUGAUGUGAUUGUUCAAGUUGACCAUGCUCUCACGCGCGACGCCACCCCGGAGACGCUCGAGGAAGACGCUUCGAGAUCGUUCUCUCGCGAGUUUCUGCAGCAGCUGCUGAAGCACGGUCUUGUCACACCUGCCCUUGCAGCACAACUCGACCCUCUGGCAUCGAAUGAUGGCCCACCGAAAUGGCAUGCAGAGGCCCAUGAUAUGGGUCUCGAGCUUUCUGCCUAUCUCGAGACGAAGCUGAUGCAAGACCAGGAUAUCACUGACGCUCAAAUCUGGGUCGAGCGAACUUGGAAAGAUCCAGGAAGUCAUGCUGUCUUCGCGAAUGUGAUGCUCAAGCGUUUUUCUUCUUUGUCCAUUUCCUCAGAUGUAGAAUCGUUAGGGCAUGCUUGCAAAAUCCUUCACACCUCUGAUCAUGCUCUCGACAUGGUGGCUCUCCAUGUGGGAAUGCACGACAUCAUAUUCUCGUGUUUACAAUUUGUCGAAGACUUUGACUGCGAGACUGUCGCUGAUCCACAGACGGCUAUUAGCCACCUCGGGGAUGUGGUUCUUUUUCUGCAAUACACUCUCGUAAGGUUCAAGUUCGACAGUGCAGCACUUUCAAAGAACGGUCGAAAGGUGUCAACACACAUCCUGAAUACGGAUGUGACAAUACGACCCCAUGAACGACCACAAGAAGAUAUGGUUGCGUUCGGUUCGUGGUUCAAAGCCUUAUUUGAUACCAAUAGCGAAGGGAUCGAAGACGGUAUUCUCAGAGCCACAAAACCGAAAGUCUUGCUCCGCAUCGCGCUUUCUCUCAUCGCACAGGCGAUCUCAAUGGUGGCAUCGCAUAAACUCGAAAAAGAUGUCCUAAUGAACGGCAUUUCCUAUUUCACUGGGCCCCUGCUGAACUGGACGUUAGUCGGUGUCGUCAAGUCUCUCGCACGCGAUGCCCUGUACAAGCACAUCCCGGCAGCCGUACUGCUCGCAUUGCAUUACGAAAUUAUUCAGUCUCUCAUCUUGUCUCCGUCUUGUCCUAAGCCUGUCCUGGCGCUCUGUAGUCCACAACUCAUAGCACUCCUCUCUGAAAGGAAACGCCAACAGCCUCAAAUACCAAGUUCGUUCAAUGUCUCCGCCAUUCGCCAAGCCGUAGCAGAUAGCAUCGGGCUCAAGGGUGGUGCAGAUGCUCUUCCCGUGCAACCCACCACUGGUCAGAUCUGGUACCAGCAGGUCCAGCAGGCCAUUCAAACAGCCUUCACGGCGGCUCGAUCUCACAAGACACCCUUCCUGGAUGUGAAAAGGUGCCUCAAAUUUCUUCCACCUAUCAAGUUCCUCCAGUUAUUGUGGGCGGAACUUCAAGUGGCUGCAAGCCUAGGAGAAGUCGAAGCGUGUCGACGAAUAGCGACAUUCGUGCUAACGAUGCCUCAGGACUCGACGGUUUUCCCAUUGCUGCCCAUUUUCUUGCAUGUCGUCCUCCCUUCCGUCAUCGCACCAAUUGAGAGGCAGCAACCUCCCGAUCAAACGAGCAUUGAGCUAGUAGUCGCGAUCGUCUCCUCGACACUCAACGCAGCCUUACACCUGGAAUGGGCUAUGAGAUCUGUCUCGGGUGACGACCGCCUGGUGCUCGGGCAGUCAAGCACAUCCAUGGCGCGCCGCCUGGCGCUAGAUCUGCGCAGCAAUCGAGCGAGCCAGGUCUACAGAACGAUCCUGCAGCAGUUAGCAUCAUCCCAGGCACUCGUUGCCAACUUCCCGGUUUUCAAAAGUGAAUUGGUAACAUGA